CACUAGCGAGCAGCCAAAAAAGCUCAGAAUCGCUGCACGCGCAGCACAAACGUCCCCACUGCACGCAGACACGCGCAGAUCUUUCCUAUUGCAAGCUUACUACAGCCAAACUUCGUUGCGGCCCCAAAAAACGCGCGCCAAAGGCCCUCUCCCAUAGGCUGCUACCACAAGGCAAACACAGCGCGACGCACGCCGGACGCCGUCGACACGCUCCUACAAAAGCUACCAUGACGCUCCUCGACCACGCCCGAGCCCAGGAGCGCGACGACGCCGCGGCUUCACACGAGAAGGACGCCAAGCACGGCCUCCUCGUCCAGAAGAAACCUCCACAAUACCCGCAGGACGGCCUCAAAUUCGCGAUCGCGGGCACGGGCGCCAUGGGCCUGGAACACAUCCGCAACAUUUCGCUGUUGAGAGAACGAGGGUCCACAAUAGUAGCCGUGGCGGACUCCGAUCAGCGCGCCAGAAAGGAAGCCAGAGCUGAAUUAGAUAAGUGGGGCUUUCCACAAGCGAAAGUCAUGUCGGAUUGGCACUCUUUGUUCGACUGCGGCUGCGACGCGUUCAUCGUCGCCACGCCCAACUAUCAGCACCAUGAACUACUAGUAGAACUACUACCUCUCGCGAAAAUGCACGUGCUGUGCGAGAAGCCCCUCUGUACGACCAUCCAGGACUGUCUGGAUGUGGAAGCACUCGUCAAAGAACACUAUGCACAGAGUGACUAUAUGUUCAUGGUCGGCAUGGAGUACCGGUGGAUGCCUCCGAUUGCCAAAUUAGUAGAAACGGUCGAUAGUAACGUAUUAGGUACGACGAAGAUGGUCGCUAUUAGGGAACACCGCUUCCCCUUCCUCCACAAGGUCGCGUACUGGAAUAGAUUUAAUAAGUGGACCGGAGGUACAUUAGUUGAAAAAGCCUGCCACUUUUUUGAUUUGAUGCGGCGGAUUGUGGCACACGACGGAUCGUGUGAUGCGGUCUCGGUCUACGCGUGUGGGGGCGGCGGCGUGAACCAUCGCGACGAGGACUACGACGGCAAGCAGCCGGACAUCCUGGACUUCGCCCACGUCAUUGUAUCGUUCUCCAAUGGCUGUUCGGCAUCAUUAGACCUGUGCAUGUUCGCCGAAGACAUGCAGACGGAGUAUGUGGGAGUGGUAGGUACCAAAGGUAAAGUCGAAGCAAGGUGCCCGGAGUGCCAGUUCCGCUUGACGACGCGAUCGGCGAAGUCCAUCGCGCCGGGCCGGACGCCGCCCUUGGAAGCUGAGAGGAACAAGCCCAUUGUUAGUCAUAUCCACCCGGACGCGAAGAUCAAGGAGGCCGGCUUUCACGAGGGCGCGACGUUUUUUGAAUUGUCGGCCUUUGUGGAAGCUGCGGUCGGUAGUAAGGUGCCACCCGUGUCCGUGCGCGACGGUUUGAUGGCCGUGGCUCUGGGCGUGGCGGCUCAUAGAUCUUUGGACGAGAAGCGGUGCGUUUUGAUUUCCGACGUCCUGCCGGGCUACGCGCCGCCCUAGUAGGCUAAGUAUCAUCGUAC